UGUCACCAGUACUUCUAGCCAAAUAGCACUAUUUUGUUGGGUAUUGAAGUUUAGGGCAAAUGAUUUCUAAAGUGACUAACAUGGCUCUUGUAGUGCUGGUCCUAGUGACCAUGCUUUGGGCAAGGACAAUGGCUCAACAGAGCUGCACCAAUGUUCUAAUUAGCAUGGCUCCUUGCUUGAACUAUGUCACUGGUAGCUCGUCGACCCCAUCGUCUUCUUGCUGCUCGCAACUCUCCAGCGUUGUCCAGAGACAACCACGGUGCCUAUGCAUGGCGCUCAAUGGCGGUGGGGCCUCAUUGGGUGUUAACAUCAACCAGACACUUGCUCUUGCACUCCCUGCUGCUUGCAAUGUGAAAACUCCCCCUGUUAGUAAAUGCAACGGUGGAACAAUGGCUCCUAUUGGUUCCCCUGAUGGCUCACCAGGUACAAUUCAAGUUAGUGGGGGGAGCUCUUUCACUGAAAUGAAGCUGACUCUUAAUGUCUCUCUUCUAGUGUUGCUUAUAGCAACCUAUGCUUCUAGUUACGGCAGCCGCUUCUGAGAAGUUCAAUAUUGAAAUUGUACUACUACGUACUGCUAGUACUGCGUGGUGCAUGCAUGUGUGGUGUCUUGCUACUUUUAUCAAGUUUAAAUUAUAUGUUAUAUACUUGUAUGUAAGUGUGGUCCUGUGUGUGUGACUGCAAGGUUUGUUUAAUUAAUGUGCCCAAAUAUUCUCACUAGAGAUAUAUCAAUAUCAAUUUAAUAAAUAAAAUAAAGGUUUAUAUACUUGUGAUGGUCAA